CACAAAAGUGUGGGGGGGGGGAGGGGCAGGCCCUCAGUAAAAAAGUGGAGGGGCCAAUCCCCCAACCGCUUCCGCCUCCGUUGACUGUACUAUAGUCGUCGCAAUAUUCCGUAUCAUAUUGUUGUGAUUUUGUAAUGAAGUUUAAUUGUUUUUGAAGGUAGAUUUUGUUUUCUUUGUGAGUCAAACGUACAAUAGAUUUUUAGCUGAAUUUAAUUAUUUUUUGUUGUUGUUGUAUGUUGUAGUUGUUCAGUUUAACUUAGUUUAAAGAAACGUUAUGCAUGUGGAAGCGGUUUGGUGCAAUGGAAAUGAUAGGGUUUCCCAACCUUGAGGUCGUGGUUUCAGUCCUUUGCUGUGCAUUUCGUUUUGUCCUUGUUUUGUCUGUUUCACUACUCAGCUGUAUGAAUGGGUACCAGCAAAUUGCUGGAAGUAACCUGGUGGAACAGCGUCCUGCCCAGGGCGAGCAUCACACUCACCGCUUCACGCUACUUAGAACUGGGGACAAUCUCCAGCCCAUGACUCAUGAGCACCGUGGCUCGGCAAAGAUUUAUUUUUUUACAUCACAUGCAAUUCAGUCAUGAUCAAUGAUGUUAUGCCUAAAUUUAAUUUAGAAAUACAGAGAGUAUACAGUUUAUCAGUGACAUCAAAAUUGAAGUAACAAAAACAUGUAAUAAUAUAAAAUCAUACUAGAUUAUUAUUCAUAUUAUCUAUAUUAUAAGUAUGCAAGUUUUCCUAUCCUACGAGCCGUGACAAAUCUUUUAAUUUAUGAUAGGUAUUAAUACUGUUCAUUAUAAGGGUCGGCCUACCUGUACAUGCUUUCGAACACAAGUUAAUCUUAUAUAAUCUAUGAUAUUAUAGGCCAACUAUUAUCAUUUACAAUAAGUUAUUAGAUAUACAGACCUGGUAAAUUUUGUCCCAUUUCUUUUAACAGGUUCCAGUUUGACCACUGCAUAGGGUAAAGUCUUUCGGGUUCUUUACUUGACUGGCACCACUGACGGAUGUAGAUUACGCCUCACCCCUUAUACUUGUGGAUUCAAGAGAAGGUUAAUACAGGAAGGAAGUAGCAACAACCAAGCCACAAUCGUUCUGACGCUGCUUACUGGUAGUUAGCGAAACUGCUUACACCGAAAAAGAUAUAGGGACGGAGAUAUUUUUGGAGAUGGCCUUUAUUGUUAUGAACUGUUCUGCGGACACAAUGGAAGUGUUCGCUACCCCAACAGGGGCCACGUUGUUCUCAAUUUACUUCGUCUUAAUAUGCAUCUGCUCAAUUGUGGAAAAUGCUAUCAUCUUGACGGCAAUAAUUCGCGUAAAACGACUACACAAACGUCGGAAUAUCCUCAUCUUCAACUUAGCUGUGACGGACUUAAUGGCUGGCGUAAUUUAUCCUUGUAGUACUAUUUUAAACACAGUCUACAUGGAAAGCAUUGGCUUUAUUAUAGGUAUUGUAUCCGUCUUUACCAUCCUCGCAAUCGCCACCGAACGCUUCCUGAAGAUUGUUGUAUUCCCGAAGCGUAGCAACUCGUACAUUGGCACUACACGUCAACUUGUGGGAGCAUCGAUUUUUGCAUGGGUGAUACCGUCGGUCAUCUUAUUGCCUCUUUCAUUAUAUGACGAUACUCUACAUAUUGUUAUUUCCCUUACUCUUGGACCAUUGUGCAUUUUUGUUGUGAUGACUGCAAUAUCUGUACUCUACUUUGCAAUAUAUAUCAAAAUACGCUCUCAUGAUAAACGAAUGCAAACUAAUUUAAACCGAACCGAAAACUAUAGUCUCACUAAGCUUGUUCUAAAGGCAUAUGUUGUCAUAGUCGUAGUGUACGCUAUUUGUUGGUUGCCUUGGGCGAUAGAAUCUUUCAGAAAUAUAUACACAACUUAUUAUGAUAUCAUUGACGAAGAGAGUCAUUGUAUUCCCCCAACUUUGGCUUUCUUUAUCGGUGUCGCUAUGGUAUUGCUAAAUUCCGCCGUAAACCCGAUUAUAUAUUGGCUUAGGUUACCGGAUUUCAGGAAAGGGAUUCCGGAAUUGUUUGGUUGUUGUAAAACAAAAAAUACUUGUUUUAAAAGCGUACACAAUUCUAGUUCUCAAAAUACAACCUCUAUUGGCCAUAUCACCCAUACAGACGAUUUAAACUUAACUCAACAAGAUCGUAAAUAGUGUGACAAUGUGCUAGGUGGCGGUAAUGAUAUUUUCGACAUAUUAACAAAAACCUGUAGGGCCUAUUAUAUAAAAUAGUGAUAGGUAUACUACGGUACCGGU